GACGCCAUUUUUUUGUGUGGAUUUUUUUUCAAAAAAAAAAGGGGAGAAACCUCGGGAGGAGAAAGGAAGCGGAGAGAGAGUGAGGGAAGGAGCGGCUAGAGAGAGGCAGGCAGCAAUCUCCCCAACCACUGCCCUAAACCAUGGCGGAUAUAGACAAGCUGAAUAUAGACAGCAUCAUUCAGAGGUUGUUGGAAGUACGAGGUUCUAAACCAGGAAAAAAUGUACAACUCCAAGAGAAUGAAAUCAGAGGCCUGUGCCUCAAGUCUCGUGAAAUCUUCCUCAGUCAACCUAUUCUUUUGGAACUUGAAGCUCCAUUAAAAAUAUGUGGUGAUAUUCAUGGCCAAUAUUAUGAUUUACUUCGAUUGUUUGAAUAUGGUGGCUUCCCACCAGAGAGCAACUACCUGUUUCUGGGAGAUUAUGUGGACAGGGGAAAGCAGUCUUUGGAAACUAUCUGUCUGUUAUUGGCUUAUAAAAUUAAGUAUCCAGAGAAUUUUUUCCUUUUGCGUGGAAACCAUGAAUGCGCCAGUAUAAACAGAAUAUAUGGAUUCUAUGAUGAAUGUAAGAGGCGGUACAAUAUUAAAUUGUGGAAGACUUUUACAGACUGUUUCAACUGCUUACCUAUAGCUGCCAUUGUGGAUGAAAAGAUAUUUUGCUGUCACGGAGGUUUGUCACCUGAUCUUCAGUCCAUGGAACAAAUUAGACGAAUCAUGCGGCCCACUGAUGUGCCAGACCAAGGACUUCUGUGUGAUCUCUUGUGGUCUGAUCCAGACAAAGAUGUAUUGGGAUGGGGUGAGAAUGACCGCGGUGUCUCAUUCACAUUUGGAGCAGAAGUAGUUGCAAAGUUCCUUCAUAAACAUGACCUGGAUCUGAUCUGUAGAGCCCACCAGGUUGUAGAAGAUGGGUAUGAGUUCUUUGCCAAGAGGCAGCUGGUGACUUUGUUCUCUGCACCCAAUUAUUGUGGGGAAUUUGAUAAUGCAGGUGCCAUGAUGAGUGUAGAUGAAACAUUGAUGUGUUCUUUUCAGAUUUUGAAACCAGCAGAAAAAAAGAAACCUAAUACAAGCCGGCCUGUAACACCACCGAGGAGCAUGAUCACAAAACAAGCCAAGAAAUAAAACAAGGAAUUCUGGCAUUGCCUGUUCGGACUUGUAUUAUACCAGUUUGUCUCCAUUUUUAACUUUUUUUUCCUUUUGUGUAAAGUGUAUCUGUCAGCUUGCUUGGAUUAGAUUACUAUUUGUUGACUUGUGGUUUAUCUGCUGUGAUAUACUGAACCAUGGUUGCUGCCUCAGAACAGCAAACAUGUAUGCUCCCCCUGAAAUGGAAGAAUAUUAAAAUAGUACUGUAGCUCUCUAAUCUGCAUCAGGGCUCCUAAUUGUUAGCAUUAGUUGCUAGCAAUAAUGUGCUUGACUGCUGUUCCUCAGCAGGCUUCAGUGUGGGUCAGGGGAGGGGGGUGGUGGGGUAACGGUGGGGAACAGAAGAUGACUUGUAGUUGACAGAAAUUUGACAUUUUUGGUACAGUUCACAAAAGUGAUGUAAAUGCCUUGUGAUGGCAGUUGAGAUUUCCUUUUUUAUUUUUUUUAAAGACCUGAAGAGGUGAUGCUUGUGAGCUGGUAAUUGACCUUUUUUGGGGAAAAAAAUCUCAAGUGUAGGAAGUGGCAUACUGUUUAUAAAACCUCAAAGUUAUAGUUCAAAAAAUUUUGUACUUUCUCAUAAAAAUGUUUUUAUUUAGAGGAAUGCAUCUGCUUUUUUCAAGUCUACAUGUCUGUCUUGUAAGCAACUGUUGUAUAGAUGUCAUGAUUAGAAGGAUCUGCCUCUCCACUCUGCCAGCAUCACAGAAAAUGACGUAAAUUUGAUUAAGCACACUUCCUGUACUGUAUAUUUUAAAUGAUGAAAUAAAGCCAUUAUUUUACAUUUGGCAUUUUGAUUUGUUUUAAAUUUGUCAAUAUUAGGUUCCUUGUGUUUUAUAAUGGCAGACAAAUGGGUUAGUUAACAUCUGGCAAAGAUGAUGGAGAACAGAUCGAGAAACAGCUAGUAUAGGUUAUUGAACUUUAAAUUGUAAGUCACUCAGCCAUUCUUGUUCUUUUGGGAUUAGGAGUUUUUUUUUUCUCUCCCUAUUCCAUGUAUCAUCCCUGGCCUUGAGGCCAAGCAAGCAACCUGUUCUUGGGGCUCUGUCAUUAUACAGUUGGCCACUAGGCUGAGACAAUUGUUUGGAGUGCUCAAUAUUAACUUCCUCUGUUGCCUCCCCAUGAUUUUAUGGGGAGCUUGUAGUUCUAAACUUCUUUCGGGUUCCUUACAGAUGAUGGAUUUUUUUUUGCCCUGUUAGUUUGUCCAAGAUCCUCGUGGGUGAAAGGGUAUUGCACUAGUUCCCUCCUCCCUCUUCCUUAUACUACCCUGUAACAUGUAAAGUGAUGGGGGCUAUGAAUAUUAAUGAUUUUAAGGGUCAAAAUGCUACUGCACCACCAUUGUUAGCAGGAAUGCAGUGUGGACAGCAGUAGAGCCAUGGAGAUGCUAAAUAAAGGGAUGCUGCUUUUUGUUUUGCUUUUGUUUCUUGGGGGAAGAUCAAAAUUGGGCAUAUCCAUAUGAGCCUAGUGACUGGUUUAAAAAGUGGCAGAUUCCUGGAUAUCUGUUUGCAUGCCUGUGCCCUCAACCAAGUAAUGACUAAUUUCAUGAUCAAAGUGGGAAGAAAAAUAAAGCCUUUUUACAAAUCUGGA